CCUCGCCCUGUGCACCACAGCUUCAGCUUUCCAGCAGACGACGACCGCAGCCACUCGAGCUCAAGAUUCUGUAUCACUCCAGUGAUGAGAUGAAUAUACCACCACCAGCUCGAAUCCGGAAUCCCACUCCGAGUCCGCCGUCAAGCCAGCCAUAGCUCGGCCGAAUGCAGGGCACCGUCAUCAGGCGCGCGCUCUGCCCGGCCAAGCUCCACCGCCACGUCCCGUCCAGCCUAUCCAGAGGCCUCUGCUGCCGCGGCGGCAGCGACACACGGUGCGGCGCCGCUGCGGGCAAGAGGGCGCGGGCCGUCGCGGCGAGAGCCCGCGGCGGCCCGGAGGUAGGAGAUGGCGACCAAGCGCCGCCGCUGCAGGAUGCCGUCGGAGCGUCACCGCCACCAGGUGGUGGCGGGGCGAAGAGAGGGAGCGUGGCUGGUGCCGUUGCGCUCAUUAUCGGAACGAGCAUCGGGUCAGGCAUCCUUGCCGUGCCGCAGAGCACCGCGCCCGCGGGCUUCGUUCCAAGUGCCGUGUGCAUGGUGGUCUGCUGGGCCUUCCUGGUGGCGGAAGCGCUCCUCAUCGCCGAGAUCAACGUCCACCUGCGUCGGAAGAGCAAGAAAGAUGGCGGCGAUGGCGCGGGCGUGGAGGUGAUAUCCAUGAAGAGCAUGGCGCAGGCGACGCUCGGCGAGUGGGGAGGGAACCUGGCCGCCACCGCCUACCUGUUCCUGUCCUACACCUCCAUGGUCGCCUACACGUCCAAGUCCGGCGAGGUGCUCUCCCGCGCGAUCGGCGUGCCCGAGCCCGUCUCCGGCGCCGCCUUCACCGCCGCGCUCGCGCUCCUCAUCGCCGGCGGCGGCACCGGCGUCACCGCCCAAGUGAACCAAGUGCUCACCUUCUUCAUGAUAGGGCUACUGCUGACGAUUGAAGUCUCUGCGGUGGCGUUCGGCGGCGGCCUGAGCCUGCCAGCGAGCGCCCACUGGGAGCAGGUCCCAGCGGCGCUGCCGGUGAUCAUCUUCACGCUGGUCUACCACGACAUCGCGCCAGUGAUCUGCGCAUACCUGGAGGGGGACCUGGCGAGGAUCCGGCUCGCGAUCCUCGUCGGGAGCCUGGUGCCGCUCGUCUCCCUGCUCGUGUGGGACGACGUCGCGCUCACCCUCGCCGCCUCCUCCACGGACCCCAACAGCCUCGGCAUCCUCGACAAGCUGGAGACAGAGUGGAGCUACGCGGUGGUCGAGACCUUCUCGCUCCUGGCUGUCGGGACCUCUCUCAUCGGGACCCUGCUUGCAGCGUCGCAGUUCUUCAUCGAGCAGAUGACCAAUCUAGCCCCCUCUGCAAAGAUCGACGAGGCCGCUUCUGAGGAAGAAGGAUCUACCCAGCUUGGCUGGCCAACAUUGCUGGAAAGCAACAGGCUCAGCUUCGUUGCCACAGGGGCGGUGGUCGUCCCAACCAUGCUCAUAGCAGCUGCCGUCCCAGAUUCAUUCUCUAUAGCCACUGACAUCGCCGGGGGCUACUGCAUGACCAUCUUGUACGGCCUUCUCCCCCCAUUGAUGGCCUGGUCUAUUGUCUCCAAAUUAUCCGAUCAGAAAGCUGGGCUUGAACAGGUAGAAGCAGCGUCCAGGGCUGGCAAAGAAAGAGUGAGCUUCACCGGUGCAAAGCCUGUGCUGGUGGGGAUGGGGGUGUUCUCCGUGCUCAUGGUCUUCCAGCAAAUCUUGCAAGACCUUGUCAGUUUUAACACUUAUCUCCUGUCAUGGGCUAGCUAGAGUAGGAAGAAGUAGCGAGUGCUGAAUAAGUCGAGAAUCUUUCUAGCCAUGGUUUGCUGAUUCGGGAGAGAAGAUCUUUAGAUUCAGCAUGUGAUGUAAACGGAGGCUGCCUGUAAACCCUCUGUAUCAGUGUACAUAACUUCUCCUUUUACCCCUAUUAGUUGAGUGGAGCUGCUCCUGGCUUCUCUUUCUUCUGAAAAAGAAGCAAACCGCACAUGCUUAGACUGUUUUCUUAGAA